GUUUAGGUUAACAUAAGUAGUCAUAUAAUGUUGUAACCUCCAAAGCCUUUUUUAUUAAAAAUCGAAAGGUAUUUUCUGAUGGUAUUUAAUAUUUUGAUUAAUAUCCAAUAAGAAAUAUGAGAUUUAUCUUAUUGAAAAUAUAAAAUGAAUUUACUUAUAAUAUCAACUAUAAGUUGUCUUUUAGAAUACAUUUUCCCAUCUUUAAUUAAAUAUAUUACAUCUCGUUUAUAUACAAUAAAUAAACAUGAUAUGGAAUUACGAAAUGAUUUGAUUAAUUUAAAACAAGAAAUGAUUGGGAUAUCCAUAGUAGAUGAAUUUUCGAAGUAUGCAAAACUUCAACGUAAAUGUAAUAAAUUAGAAAGUACAUUAAAAGAAAAAGCAAAUGAGAGACUGUCUUCCAGACUGAAGGUACAAAUAUCUGUAACAUAUGGUUUUCGCAUAUUAAAUGGUUUAUUAAUGUUGAUUUUAUUAUAUCUAUAUACAAAUAAACCUGUAAUAAUUUUACCAAAAGGCAUAUUAUGGCCUAUACAAAGUUUAUUAAGCUGGCCAUGUUAUCAUGAAGAUUCUAUUUCUUUGAUUAUGUGGUUAAUAAUUGCAAGAUUAGUUGUGGCUACUUGUAAAAAAAACGGUAUGACAUAAUAUUAACAAUUUAGAAAAUUAGAUUUUAUAAGUAACAUAAUACAAAUUUUCCAAUAAAUAAAUUAUUCUUUAUGUAUAAGCAUUCAUGACAAAAUUUAAUUUUCAAGCUGUCAACAUAUGAAUGAAAACAAGUUUAAAAAUGUACAUAAAAUUUAUACUUCUUCCUUAAUAUGCUAUGAAAAUAAUUGUAGUGUUUGCUAUAUAUAUUGUAUUUGCUAAAAUAUUUAAAUAAAUAUCAUAUUUUUAAGUA